AUGGAGUCACCGGUUGGUGGAGUUGAAUCUAUUCCCGAAGUUCAGAAUUCUGUUUCUGGCAUAGAUCACAAUCCACCUUCGACAUCUGGGAUCCCUCGCUCUUCUCGGCUGCCUUUACGAGCGUCUAGAGAUCAAGGGACUUCUUCCAAUCAUCAUAAUCAGGGAAGGAUGAAUGAUCCCUAUCAAGAGGCUAGCAAUGUGGAUCAUGAAGGUUCGACUAAAAUGGAGAAGCAAUAUUAUAAGCCUAAUGGUAAAUCUGAUGAUAUUGAAACUUUUGAAAGUUGUUUGGCAAAGAAUAUUUCCACAAUUGAGACAAAAUUGUGCAUCAGUGACGGUUCCAUGAAUCACGAUUCUGAUGGCAUAUUAGAAUCUGACAAUGAUAUACUAGGUUCGUCAAAACAAGUUGUUGAUCAGAAAAACUCCGAGAUUACGUUUUGCUCAAGUCCUCAGAAUAGUUUAUAUUCUGCUACUGUCUAUUCAGAAGCAAAAGAAAGUUUCACCAACACCGGAAUCAAUGAAUGUGUUAGUGGCGAUAAGUCAGUUGAAAGUGGGGAGGUUAGUAAUUCAUGUGAGAGCAGGAAGACGAGCAUCUGUAGAGGGAGUACAGGAAGUGAUGUUAGUGAUGAGAGCAGCAUCAGUAGUUUGAGCAGUUCUUUGUAUAAACCACAUAAAGCAAAUGAUGUAAGAUGGGAAGCAAUUCAAGCGAUCAGAGUUCGGGACGGUGGAUUGGAAAUGAGACAUUUCAGGUUGUUGAAGAAAUUGGGAUGUGGAGACAUAGGAAGUGUAUAUCUAGCAGAGUUAAGUAGCACAAGGACUUGUUUUGCUAUGAAAGUAAUGAACAAGACAGAAUUGUCAAGUCGCAAGAAGCUUCCGAGAGCACAGACGGAGAGGGAAAUAUUGCAGUCUCUAGAUCAUCCAUUUCUACCGUCGUUGUACACGCACUUUGAGACAGAAUCAUUCUCUUGCUUGGUCAUGGAGUUUUGUCCUGGUGGGGAUCUCCAUGCACUCAGGCAAAGACAACCUGGGAAGUAUUUUUCAGAGCAUGCUGCAAGGUUUUAUGUGGCAGAAGUUCUCCUUGCUUUAGAGUACUUGCACAUGCUUGGGAUCAUCUACAGAGACCUCAAACCUGAGAAUGUGUUGGUGAGAGAAGAUGGUCACAUCAUGCUAUCAGAUUUCGAUCUCUCUCUAAGAUGUGCCGUCAGUCCAACUCUCGUAAAGUCAUCAAACACCAGCUUGGAGACUAAAAGCUCAGGAUACUGCAUUCAGCCCGCUUGCAUUGAGCCAACUUGUGUAAUUCAGCCAGACUGCAUCAAACCUUCAUGCUUCACGCCACGUUUUCUAUCGGGCAAAUCCAAGAAGAAAGAAAAGAAGUUGAAACCUAAGAAUGACGUGCACAAUCAAGUGACACCUCUCCCUGAGCUUAUGGCCGAGCCCACAAAUGCCCGAUCAAUGUCCUUCGUUGGCACGCACGAGUACCUGGCGCCCGAAAUCAUCAAAGGCGAAGGUCACGGAAGUGCUGUAGACUGGUGGACAUUUGGUAUAUUCUUAUACGAGCUUUUGUUCGGUAGAACACCAUUCAAAGGUUCGGCAAAUCGAGCGACUUUAUUUAAUGUAGUUGGGCAGCCCUUAAGAUUUCCUGAAUCCCCUAGCGUUAGCUUUGCUGCUAGAGACUUGAUUAGGGGUCUACUUGUGAAAGAGCCUCAGCAUCGUCUUGCGUAUAGACGUGGAGCUACGGAGAUAAAACAACAUCCAUUCUUUCAAAAUAUUAACUGGGCUCUGAUCCGUUGCGCAACUCCUCCGGAAGUGCCGAGACAGGCUAUGAAAGAAGCACUCAUAGCUGAAAAGAAGGCGCCUGGCGUGAAGCCUUCUGGUAACUAUUUAGAUAUUGAUUUCUUUUGA